UAGGAAGGGUGGGGACCCGGAUGUGUGUGGUGGCGGCGGCUGGAGAGCUAGUGUGCGGAGCUGAGAGGCCUAUGGAUGAGGAGGACGCGGCGGCCCCGGUCCUCCUCUCCUCACAGGUUUGUUCUCAUGAACAAGAUGGAUGACCUCAACCUGCAUUACCGGUUUCUGAAUUGGCGCAGAAGGAUCCGGGAGAUUCGGGAGGUCCGGGCUUUUCGCUAUCAGGAGAGGUUCAAACACAUCCUUGUUGAUGGAGACACUUUGAGUUACCAUGGAAAUUCUGGUGAAGUUGGCUGCUAUGUGGCUUCUCGACCCCUGACCAAGGACAGCAAUUACUUUGAGGUAUCAAUUGUGGACAGUGGUGUCCGGGGCACCAUUGCUGUGGGGCUGGUCCCUCAGUACUACAGCUUGGAUCACCAGCCUGGCUGGUUGCCUGACUCCGUAGCCUACCAUGCUGAUGAUGGCAAGCUGUACAAUGGCCGGGCCAAGGGGCGCCAGUUUGGGUCAAAGUGCAACUCUGGGGACCGGAUUGGCUGUGGCAUUGAGCCUGUGUCUUUUGAUGUGCAGACUGCCCAGAUCUUCUUCACCAAAAAUGGGAAGAGGGUGGGCUCCACCAUCAUGCCCAUGUCCCCAGAUGGGCUGUUCCCAGCAGUUGGCAUGCAUUCCCUGGGUGAGGAGGUGCGACUGCACCUCAACGCUGAACUGGGCCGUGAGGACGACAGUGUCAUGAUGGUGGACAGUUAUGAAGAUGAAUGGGGCCGGCUGCAUGAUGUCAGAGUCUGUGGCACUCUACUGGAGUACUUGGGGAAGGGCAAGAGCAUCGUGGAUGUGGGGCUGGCCCAAGCCCGGCACCCACUCAGCACCCGUAGCCAUUACUUUGAGGUGGAGAUCGUGGACCCUGGAGAGAAAUGCUAUAUUGCUUUGGGGCUGGCCCGGAAGGAUUAUCCCAAGAACAGGCACCCUGGCUGGAGCAGAGGGUCUGUGGCCUACCAUGCCGAUGAUGGGAAGAUCUUCCAUGGCAGUGGUGUGGGGGACCCCUUUGGACCACGCUGCUACAAAGGGGACAUUAUGGGCUGUGGAAUCAUGUUCCCCCGGGACUACAUUCUGGACAGCGAAGGGGACAGUGAUGACAGUUGUGACACAGUGAUCCUGUCCCCAACUGCCCGGGCUGUCCGGAACGUCCGGAAUGUCAUGUACCUGCAUCAGGAAGGAGAAGAAGAAGAGGAAGAAGAGGAGGAGGAAGAUGGGGAAGAGAUAGAGCAGGAGCAUGAAGGCAAGAAGGUGGUGGUUUUCUUCACCCGGAACGGCAAGAUUAUUGGGAAGAAGGAUGCUGUUGUACCUUCUGGAGGCUUCUUCCCCACCAUUGGAAUGCUCAGUUGUGGGGAGAAGGUGAAAGUAGACCUGCAUCCCUUGAGUGGCUAGGGGCUUCUGCACAGCUGCCCCCCUCCCUCUGCAUCUCCGCUCCAGCCCUCUCCCAGGAUUUGUUCACCAGCAAGCCAUGAGAAGGCAUCACUGUGCCCCUGCCAGCCCAGGCCCUGAUCAGGCUUCAUCUUUCUGACCCAGUGUCACCUUUAUCAUUGGUCCCUGGGCCUGAGCCCCUGGUUGGAUAGGAGUGGGCCUGGAGAACAGUAUUGGUAUACAGGAUAUAUUACUUGCUUUGGUUGGUGGGCACCUGGUUCCCUUUUCCCCUUACUGGUCCUCUGAGGAGUGAACCCAGCUGCUAUUUGGGCAGGGCACUUUGCAGAGGGUGAAGUAGAGGAGCCUGUCCCCUAUUUACCACCUAGUUCCCUUGAAUUCUUUUUUGUUCCCUGUCAUCAUAUGAGCCAGUUGCUGCUGUUUACCCCUUGGCUGGGCUAGGGGGCCUGUCUUGGCCAUCUCUCUCCUUUCACUAGCUGCUGUCUUCAGACUCCUCUAGGGUCCCCAUUCUUUUCCUUGAGAGAUGUACCCUCCCCAGCUCAGGCACUACAGAAGGCCUGAGCCUGGCUCCCUACCUGUCCACAUAUAGUGUGCUCAGUACGUAUGUGAUGAAGGGGCUGAGGCACUGGGAUGUGUUAGUUGAAUGCUGUGGUUUGUCCAGAGGAGCAGCUUGGCCCUUCAUUUCCCUUUACCUGCCCCAUCUGCCCACCCUGUGCCCCAGCUUGCUGCUUGUACCAGUUGACUGUUUUUGCUUCAGUGUUGGAUUCUAGCGCCUACGUAGAUCUGUCCCCCAAACCCUCCUAUCUCUUCCCCUCCUCUCUGAGCCCCUCCAUGUAAGAGGGGAAGAGGAAGCAGGAGCUGUUGGUCUCAGUUUGCACAGAGUGGGUAGGGCCAUAGGGAAAGGGGACGUGCUAUUGUGCUGCUGGGGCUCCUUUCGGCCCUCCCUUCAGGCUCUGCACUAUGAUGUAUGAAAUGUAUGUACAGAUCAGAGAUGUUUAUACAGCCAAUAAAGACGGAGUUUCCGUAUUUA